CUUUAAUAAAGAAUUAGAGAGACGCAAGACACCGGCCCUACUGCGGGAGCAUGAGGGAGGCCGUGCAUUCCGUUCCAAGGCAUCUGUGAGCCCAUGGAGUAGACACCAUGAGCAAAGCUCACCCUCCCGAGUUGAAAAAAUUUAUGGACAAGAAGCCGUCAUUGAAAUUGAAUGGUGGCAGACAUGUCCAAGGAAUAUUGUGGGCAUUUGAUCCCUUUAUGAAUCUUGUGAUAGAUGAAUGCGUGGAGGUGGUGACUGGUGGGCAACAGAACAAUAUUGGAAUGGUGGUAAUAUGAGGAAAUAGUAUCAUCAUGUUAGAAGCCUUGGAAUGAGUAUAAAUAAUGGCUGUUCAGCAGAGAAACCCAUGUCCUUUUUACUAUGAUGUAAAAAUUAGGUCAUGUACAUUUUCAUGUUAGACUUUUUGUUAAAUAAACUUUUGUAAUAGUCAAAGAAAGAAUUAGAUAUACUA